AUGGCGUCGGAUGAUGUUCACCAGAGAGAGAAGGACAUAGUGUCCUCCGUGCGACCGCCUCAUCAGCGUCGGUUGAGUCCGUUCGUCAUCUCAGGCCGUCCGGAAGAGAAACAGUUAGGCAUCUCGACUCGUCGGCUGAAUGUCAAUGACUUCGCGCUGCUGAAGACACUCGGUACUGGUACCUUUGCUCGCGUAUGGCUCGUGAAGUCAAAGGAGGAGCAACAACGAAAGGAUAAGGUUUACGCGCUGAAAAUGCUCAGGAAAGCAGACGUGAUCAAGUUGAAACAAGUCGAACAUGUGCGCAACGAACGGAAAACCCUCGCGGACGUUUCCGGCCAUCCCUUUGUCACCACGUUGAUAGCUUCGUUCUCCGAUGAUCAACAUCUCUACAUGCUGUUGGACUAUUGUCCGGGAGGUGAAAUUUUCAGUUAUCUACGGCGCGCACGUCGCUUCAACGAAAACACGUCAAAGUUCUACGCGGCUGAGAUUGCAUUGACGAUCGAAUUCCUUCAUGACGUCGAAGGUGUUGUCUACCGCGAUCUGAAGCCCGAGAACAUUCUUCUCGACGCGGAAGGACACAUCAAACUGGUCGAUUUCGGUUUUGCGAAGCAAAUUGGGGACCGCGAGACCUACACGCUAUGUGGCACGCCUGAAUACCUUGCACCCGAGGUUAUCCACAACAGCGGGCAUGGCCUUGCAGUGGAUUGGUGGGCUCUGGGAAUUCUUAUCUACGAGUUUCUCGUGGGACAGCCUCCUUUCUGGGACCAGAACCCUAUGCGGAUCUAUGAGCAGAUUGUUGAAGGUCGCAUUCGAUAUCCUCAGAACAUGUCGCCCGCGGCGCAGAACAUUAUUUCUCUACUUUGCAAAACUAAUCCAACGGAGCGAUUAGGGUACAUCUCCGGGGGCUCCGCUCGAGUCAAAGCGCAUCCUUUCUUCGAAGACAUCAACUGGGACGACCUUUGGUACCGCCGUAUCAAGGGACCUAUCAUCCCGAGGGUUGACCAUCCCGCGGAUACCGGCAAUUUCGAGGAAUAUCCUGACCCGGACGUCCGGAACCAGACCCCUUACUCCGACGAUAUGAGGAACAAAUAUGAACCAUUGUUCGCCGAUUUUUGA